AUGGCGAUUGAUCUCGUCACCCCCGAGGCCACCAAGGUGCGAACGCCCGCGGCUGCCACGAACCCAAUUCCAAUCAGCAAGGCCCAAGCGGUUUUGCUUCAAGGAAGAGUUGCGACAACUCACCAGCCGUUCCCACCUAGUAGCAGUCCAAUGCUCCCAGGACCACUUCCUUACCGAGGACGAAGCCCCAAACGAAACCGCCCAGACUAUACAUCGAACAUAUACCACAACCUGGCGGACGAACUGGACAAUCCUGGCCCAAUUGACAUCGAACAACAUGCCGAAAGCGUUCUCACGAAAGAGAUGGACCGCCUUCAGACGCGUACCGAAGUUCUGAGAACCUUUGCGACCGUGAUCAACGACUGCGCCAAACAAUACACCAAAGGCUAUGCUUUGCAGAUUGCGCGGGAUUUCUCCAAAUCUCUGCUAAUUCAAUGGGAUAACUUUGUGCGUCAGCAACCCGGUGAACAAAAGGGCAUAUACCCUAAGGACAACAUAGCGGUGAAGCUUCAUAAACCCGCCGCCAACAUCUCGAACCCCGGCCUUGAUCCCCGCCCCGCUCCGGCCGGCGGCUGGGCUGCCCGUGCCGCUGCCGCCGACGGAAAACGGCCCGGCGAUAUCGAAGUCCGCAAGGCCGCUCGUACUGAUAAUACACCCCGAACGCAGCCCGCUAAACUCGAUAAGCGUAUCCUUCUCCGUAUUAAACACGGCUCUGAACUCUUCAAUAAACACGGCUACCAAAUCCGCCUUGCGCUCGCACAGGCUGCAUCUAUCGAUCCCAAGGACAUCCAAGACAUCAAACCAACGAACACCGGCUGGGCUAUCACUGCGCGGACUCUCAAAGCCGAAGAGACUCUCCUCUCUACCCAAGAGAGCUGGGGACCAAAGUUCGACUUGAUUAUUGCUGAAAAGAAUGUGCAAUGGCACACCUACCUGGUCAAAAACUUCCCUCGUACACUGACAGAUUGGGAAGGUGCCCCCCUCGACUUCGACCAAGUGGUCUCUGAUGAGAUCCAUCGUCAAACACGGCAAACCCCUAUUGCCUGGCAUAUCUCCAAAGCUGACACGCUCACUGACUCUCGUACUGUAACACUUGUUAUCUCCUUCUCUGAACCAGUACUGGGAAACUUCCGGCUCCUAGGCACGAGCGCCUUCUCUUUCAAGCUAACCAAGGCGCCAAAAAUCACCCAGUGUACCAACUGCUGGAAUUACCAUGCUCCGACUAGGUGCAUAGCCCCGGAAAUCUGUAAAAACUGCGGUCAACGAACAGGCGAUAACCACAAGCCCGACUCAUGCACUCGAUUCACGCAGUGCGCACUAUGCCAUGGACCACACCCCCCAGAUGACAACAAGUGCUUCGCAAAGCCAAAGAAGCGCGAAGACGGACUUCACAAGCUCUUAAAGACACAGCGCGUGCACGCUAAACUCCUCGGGUCACAGGCAUUCCGCCAAAUACAUCGAGAAGAUAUACUCUCCAGCUCUCCAAAUGGCCAGGCCUCAUCUGCCCCUCCGUCCCCUACCCCUGGCGCCAGAACCGCUAACCUUUAAGAAGGCUCCGACAUCGAGAUCCCAGACGCUCCUGGAGAUACCCCUGCUAUGAACAACGAGAACGACGAGAACGACGAGAAUGACACGGAUAUAGCUCUUUCCGAUAAGGAGAGCGAGGCCGAACAGGACGAAUACAUCCCUGUAGUAAAGGAGCCUGCUAACCCUAGACUUGAAGAUACAGCUAACCCCGCUUAACGACCACAGACUAGGUCUGCGGGUAGAUCUCGCUCAAGCAGCAGAAAGCCCAGAUCAAAGACCCGUCCUUCAAGAGAUAAACAAGCAGUUAGCCAAGAACCAGACGCCCCCAGACGCGUCGAAAUUUCGCUUCCCUCCCCCACGAAUAAGAGUAUUCCUAUAAAAAACAUAUAUCUUAAGACUCUACCAGCAGCUGCCUUGAAGGAUACUAUAGCAGUCGAAGCUACUAACGAGGAAGACUCUGACUCGGACUCAGAUGACCCUGGCGAGCUAGGCGAGAUCGAAGCUACAAGCAGGAAUAUUGUCUAUGCCCCCAAGCCUAAAAUAGCUAAAACGACUAUAGCAGCUAGGCCUCAACGCCCGCCUGUAAGGCCAGCUACACUACCCCCCAAGGCAAUAAAAGGGAAAGCGAAGCAGCCAGCUAAAAUACCCCAGCACAGCCCGCCAAGCAGCCCUCCGCAACGGGACCGGUCUCCAGCAAAGAGGAAUAGACUUGCUCACUCUAAUGAGUAAUCAACACCGCCACUAUCGCCUUAGGGGACUACGAGUAUUCCAAGCGAAUAUCGACAAGAGCCAGUCUAGCCAUGACCUCGCCCUACACCUAGCAUACGCAUCAGGCUACGAGGUUAUCCUCAUCCAAGAACCAUAUACAUCUUUUAACCC